GACUGAAGUGAGAGGUGAGAGGUGUGAAAUUUUGGAGCGGGAGCAUAAAUCAUAAAUCCUUGCGCUCUAACUCGGAAGUCGGAACUCGCAACUCAGCUCGCCCCUGACCCCUGUAUGCGGUAAGCAUUAGCAUAUGGUGAUGACUGAUGAUGGUUUUGUGAUAGUGUGAUGCCAAUGGACGUUGCGUUUUGCCUGAAGAUGGAAUGUCUUCCUCUUCUCCCACCUUCUCCCCUCAAGUCCCCGUCUCUGCAACAUCAACCAAUUGCUCCAGCGCCCACGCGAAUUCGCUCGUCAUCCCUUAAACCUCUCGCUGCUCAACAGCGAAGGAGCUCUCUCUCUAUACGCACGUCAAAAUCAACAACCACUCUCACUCCAACGACAACGCCCGCUGCUCUCCCUCCUAAAAAGAAGGUUCUAGUUCCAAUUGGAUUCGGCACGGAGGAAAUGGAAGCCGUUAUCUUAGUCGGUGUUCUACGCCGGGCUGGCGCUGACGUGCUCGUUGCAUCGGUCGAGUCGCAGCUCGAGAUUGAAGCCUCCUCUGGAACCAGGUUGGUCGCUGACACCUGCAUCUCAACCUGCUCGAACGACAUCUUCGAUCUCAUUGCUUUGCCGGGGGGAAUGCCCGGCUCUGCACGACUCAGAGACUGUGAAAUCCUCCGAAAGAUUACGUGCAAACAAGCUGAAGAGAAAAGGUUAUAUGGUGCCAUCUGUGCUGCUCCAGCAGUCACACUUCAACCGUGGGGUCUUCUUAAGAGGAAACAGACAACUUGUCAUCCGGCGUUUAUGGAUAAGCUUCCAACGUUCUGGGCAGUUAAAUCCAACAACCAAGUGUCUGGAGAGCUUACAACCAGCCGUGGCCCUGGAACAGCUUUUGAGUUUGCUCUAUCUUUAGUAGAACAACUUUUUGGGGAGUCUACUGCCAAAGAGGUUGAAGGAACGCUACUGUUCCAUGCUCAUGAAGAUAAUCCUAGAAAGGAAGAAUUCAACAAAAUUGAGUGGUCUGUUGACCAUAUCCCUCAUGUUCUUAUUCCAGUUGCAAAUGGUACUGAAGAGAUUGAAGUGGUAACUGUGGUUGAUAUUCUAAGACGUGCUAAAGCAGAUGUUGUAAUUGCUUCAGUUGAAAAAUCUGUGCAAAUUGUUGGAUCUCAAGACACAAGAAUUGUUGCCGACAAGACCAUUGAUAGUGUUGCUGACUCAAUAUAUGACCUGAUCAUUCUUCCGGGAGGGUUUGCAGGAGCUGAGCGGCUUCACAAAUCCAAGGUUCUGAAGAAGCUACUCAGGGAACAAAAAUUAUCUGGAAGAAUAUAUGGAUCCAUAUGUUCAUCACAAGCAGUCUUGCAGAAGCAAGGUUUAAUCGAGGAUAAAAGAGCCACAGCUCAUCCUUCUGUUGUGGGCAAACUCACCAGCCAAGUUGUUGAUAGUGCUGGAGUGGUAAUUGAUGGUAAACUGAUCACGAGCAGAGGACUUGCCACUGCAACAGAUUUUGCCCUGGCUAUUGUGAGCAAACUUUUUGGUCAUGCAAGGGCAAGAAGUGUAGCAGAAGGCCUUGUUUUUGACUACCCAAGCAACUAGAAAGGCCAGUUAUUCAAUGUUCUAUGGAUAAAUGGAGGUCUUCAGUUUUCACAAUCGACAGAAAUUAAAUGUUUUAUCACCCACUCUCCCUGGAACACCGUUUGAAUCUGGUUCAAAGCCAUAUAGUUGUCAAUUAUGUUGCCAAAGGUGUCGUUGCUUGUCUCUAACAAUUACCAACUACUGCGGAUUGCUCUGAUUCUGUACUCAAAUUCUGAUCCUGUUGCCAAGCACGUGUAGAUGGAAAUCAACAGGGACAAAUUAACUGUUAAAUUGUUGGGAUGUAAUCGCUGGCCUCAUCUUCGGGGCUUGUUAUGCAGGCAAAGUCUUCUAAAAUGAAAAACAUGUAUUUAUUGUGGCAUACGAUAGCAGUGAUUUUUCUAUAAUUUCUUUAAAAUAAUUGUGCACUAAGAUUUGAAACA